AUGUCGAGGCCCAAGCGCGGCUCGCAAACGCCCGGCCGCCUCGGCGCGACCCCAAGUUUUGUCCCUAGAAAGGUCUCUAAGCAGGCUUCAAGGAUCCUGUCCAAAGACUCGCAGUACGCAGCCAGCAGCGGACAAGUUCACUGGCUCAAGAUUUGCAUCCAAAAAGCCGAAAGCCCGACUCAGGCCGACAUUAAUGGCUUCUCUGCACUUCACACGGCAGCUUUGUACGGGCGCCUGGACUGCAUUCAGAUGCUGGUGGAGAAAUUCAAGGUCGACGUGAACCUGGCCAGCCUGACGGGCUGGAGGCCCAUCCACCUGGUGCUGAGCAAGGAGAGCCGGGAUGCGGCGCUGGAGUGCCUGCUGUACCUCAUCAAGAAACAGGCCGACGUCAACGUGCAGAACCAAAGCGGGGUGUCUCCGCUUCACAAGGCGGCCAGCGAGGGGCGUGAGAACUGCAUCCACGCCCUGAUCAGGGCCGGGGCUGAUGUGCAUAUCAAGGACUACGAGGGUCAGAAGCCCAUUGACCUUUGCCGGAUGUGGGGCCACAGGUCCUGUGCCAAGUGUCUUGCCUCCGCCAUGUGGAAAGCAGACAAAGCGCACUUUGUCCAGGAGGUUGCCAAACUGAACAAGAUCAAGGAAGAGUGCGAGGUGCAGAAAAUCGAAUUCCUUAAAAGAGAGCAGAUGGAGAUAAAUCUCAGCAACAAACUGGCCUUCGACCAGUGGCUGGCCAAAAAGCAUUUGCCACCCCCUCCGGCCAGGAUCGUGCGCUGCCUGGACACGAAGCGAAAGUCUGUGCUCCCUCGCAGAGGAACCAGGAAGAAGACCAGCCCGAUCCUCUCCUUCGAAGAAACAGUCCCGCCGAGAGUGGAUGACACUUACCUGGUGCAGAAGGACCGGCGGUGCCGGCCGUGGAACGUCAGCACCAACUUAGCCUCCCUGCCAGCCACCUGCAUCAGCCGGCCGGAGAUGGUGCGGCUGGGCAUCCACCCGGACCCGCCUGCGGAGCAUGACUUCACCUCCUUCCUCUUCCUCUACAAGAACGGCUAUGGCAAGCCUGAGAUCCAGGUCGACGGCAUCGGCAAGGUCCUGGACAUGCCCGACCUGCCCUUUGAGGUCCUCCAGAAGAGCCUCUAUCCCGACACCCGGGCGACCCGUUUGGAUGUCCCGGGGGACCUCAGGGCCCUUCACAUCUUCGGAUUGCGGCACAGGCGCCGCCCCGGCCCAGAGCAUCGCUGGACCGAUCAGAUGGCGCUGAGCUUGAGGCAGACGGUGGACCCCGCCCUUCUGGGCACGCUGAAGGUCCACCUCGCCACCUACAGCGACCCCCAAGUGCUCUUUCCAAGGCUGGAGUCGGGCAGCGCCAGUGGCAAAGACAUCUCCUCUUCCUCCUCUUCCCAGAGCAAAGGCAGCAGCCACCCAGAUUCACUCGUGGGGUAGUUCACUCGCCCAGCACAAAAAUAUGAGCCAGCCCCAGUUCUGCAGCAGAGCCCAGCAGGGCUGGGAAUAAUCUGCAUUGAAACAGUUUGAUAUGAGAAC